UAAAAAUAUUUCUCUGCAUCUAUAGCAUAUUGUAAAGUUGGUGUUGGAAUUUGCUAUGAUAUUCGAUUUUCUGAAAUGGCACAGCUUUAUGCAAAACAAGGUAAGAACGACUAAAAAUAUUCGUAACGCGUUGAUCAUUUAAAUUACUUGUAUAGGACCCCGAACAUAGUGUUGCAAACUCCCAAACAUAGCGCUGUGAACUGCCUCGUUCCAAUGGUGUAGAACUGAAACGAUAACAAAGGGGGCUCGUAAACGGGGGCAGGGUGACAAGUCGUGAGGGUGACGAGGCUUGGAGGGUGCAACAUGGUAAACAUGGAAAGUUCCACUAUUUAUUUUUGGUUCAAUUCGUGUUUUCUAAAGAAAAGAUUUAACUUCAAAUAAAGACUCCGAUAUACCGAAGCUAUUUCAUGUUGGAGCCACUUACUGCACAUGACCUAAUAAUAUGAUCAUAGUAAUCAAGUAGAGAUUUCUAACAUUACCGCAUCAUUUCAACACUAAAGUACAUACAGCUGCAAAAAACUUUCCAUGUUAUGAUUGUACAAUCUGCAAAAUAUUGGGAGCUCAUCCCCCAAAUCGGCAUGAAAUUUUUAACAAGGGAGCUCAGCCCCACUGAGCUCCAAAGGGGGCUGAGACCCCUGAGCUCCGCCUCUUCUACACCCCUGCCUCGUUCUUACUUGUCUAAGGCACUUUGGUUCUCGAUGGAGAUAUUGGACGUCCUUGUACGUGUCAGUCCCUUUUUAUUUUUGUCUGCGCGGCCAGACACGAAGAUAAAAUAUAUCAACAUAAACAAUGGUUUUAUGAACUGAUAGCUUGUUUAGCGAUACGGAAUUAGCUGGGAAAAAUGGUAUUAAAACUGUUUACGACCUUCAUAAGUAUUGCCUAUUGGACAUCAAUUUCCUCCAUCUUGGCUUCACUUUAUAGUUAUAUAGGCCCAAUGAUUGACGUUCUUGCUCUAGAUAAAUAUUCAGCUCACUGCCUUGUACAUGAACGUUGCAUGUUGUUGCCAGUGGUUGUUACAUGACGCAACUAAGCUGUGCCGGUGGCGACGUCUAACUUUUCAUUCCGAGUCAUUAUACUCCAGUUAUACAGUAUAUAUGGAGUAUUAGAGAGAGCACAUGGGCUGAAAAAUUUGCCAUUGAUUGCAGAAUACUUGUAUAACUUUAUUAUAGGAUGCAAAUUACUUCUGUACCCAGGAGCUUUCAACAUGACAACUGGUCCUGCACAUUGGGAACUGCUCAUACGUAGUAGGUAAGAUGACAAGAAGUUUAUUUUAGAAGUAUUAGUCGAUAGCUUAAAUUCGGAAAAUCAUAAUAAUACACGCUUCUGGAAAGUAUGUCCCAUGCAUUGGCUAUUAGUUAAAGCCUAACGUCUCAAUCACGAAAACGAGGCUCUAUAGCCAAGGUGACGUACUUUCUAUUGCGUGCGCGGGGCCUGAUAAAGUGUAUUAGUGAGCUAAAGCAAGUGACGUUUUUGACAACACGAACGGCAUGAGUAACGUCAGAAGACUGGGUCAAGGGCUGUGAUUGGUGAAAAACGUCAACUUUACUUCCGGUCGACGUCCGUGUUGUCAAAAACGUCACUUACUUAAGCUCACUAUUGAUUGAAGUGGCUGACGUAACGUGAUAUUUUACCUAUGAAUCUGCCGUCGUUAUCAAAAGAAAUCUGCGUUUGUCGUGUACUUUGGAAUCUCCAUGCAUGAUUGUACAAAGUGCAUGCAUAAAAAACAAUAUUGUAUAAAUGAUGAUUAUUUCCUUUUUUAUGUUUGAAGGGCUGUAAAUAAUCAGGUAAGACAUUAGUUUCUGUGAAUUUGCACCAUGUUUUCUGUAUUGUGUUGAUUUACACAUGUUGUUAAUUAAUCAGACUCAAGCACUGAUCUGGGCUCAAGUCAUUUUCAAUUUUCCAGGUUUAUUGCGCAGCAAUAUCUCCAGCUCGAGAUACUGAAGCAAGCUAUGUUGCAUGGGGACACACAACUUUAGCAAAUCCUUGGUAAGUUUAGUAAUAAUUUAUUUGUCAUUAUGUAAUGUUUCUGAUUAUUUUUUGACAAUAGUUUACCUCACAACAGUUUUACAGUAUGUGUUUGCUCAGAAGAAACUUAAAGGGUUAAUUCUGAUGACAUUAAUAUUUCAUGUACACUGUAUAGUCUUAACGGCAAAAUCGGGAAAGUAACGCAAUAUUUGGCAGGAAUUCAUAUUUUAUUUUCUCACUUUUAUCCUUCACAAUCCCUAUUACCACCCUUUCUGUACAAAAUACUGCGUAGUUCUGCCGUUUGCAACCUGAUUUCCGGCGGAAGCUAGGGUCGGAGGUAUACGACACGGACUCCACUUAGUUAAAAAGGCUGCCAGUUAAUAGGGAUUCCACCGGUACUAACCUAGACUUGCUCCUAGUCUCUCUUUCAUUGUCAUAUAGUAUCGAUCCACUAUAUAGUGUACAUUACAUGACGUAGCACGGAGGGAUCGAUAUGACAAUGAAAGAGAGACUUGGAGCAAGUCUAGUACUAACCUUACAAUACAGUUCUUCACAAUAUAAAUAGUGAAGGAUUGGGCAGUACUAUUUCACUGUGCUUGCCUAUCUUUCUUCAUGAUAUCCCAUUUAUUUUUUAACCAUAUCGUUUUUCUAACAUUGUGAAUAUGUGUUGUAGGGGUGAGGUUGUUGCAAAAUGUGAGCAUCAGGAAGACAUUGUGUACGCUGAUAUUGGUAGGAAUUUUCUACUUGCUUUUGUAACUCAUGAGACUUACAAUGCAAAACUGGCAUUGUUUCAACAAUUACUAAAAUAUAAAACUGGUAUAUUUAAACUUUUACAAACUUGCAACUAUAUAUUUUCCAUCUGUCAUCCAUAUAGUUUAGUCGAAAAUAAGAUGUUUUAUAUCUUUCCCGAAUAAUGAAUGGAAAAGUAGUUGAAUUUUAUCUACACUGAAUGAGGGUAGGAACCCUGAAUUUAACACGGCCACUCAAUGCAAAAAUCGUCUCUCGAACAUUAUGACUGGAUGAAAUCACUUUAUUAACUGUGCUCACAGCGAUCUCUCUAGUUCACUUUUGCGAUGAUUGAAAUCAUCGUUUAUAUCUUGAAUAAAGGCUUUAUGUUUUCACCACGGUUUGCUUGUGUUUGUUUGUUUGUUUGUUUGUUUGUUUGUUUGUUUGUUUGUUUGUUUGUUUGUUUGUUUGUUUGUUUGUUUGUUUGUUUGUUUGUUUGUUUGUUUGUUUGUUUGUUUGUUUGUUUGUUUGUCUGCAAGCACGAGUUCAAUUUGGAUAAAAUUUGAUAAAUUUACCAACGUUUGUAUUGAAUGUAUAAUUAGUGCGUGUAUAAUUUAUGCAUGAAUACUUUAAUUUUUGGCGGAGGUGUGUUGUCUCAUGUUUUUGCAGUCUCCGAGUGACCUCCAGUAUAAUUAGAUUAAUCUCUAACAGACUAUAACAUUUUCAUUAUUCUUUAUUAUUAGAUCUUAAUUACUUAGAAGAAGUACGGUCGCAAGUGCCAAUCACUUCUCAAAGGCGACAUGAUCUCUACUCGGUCGAAAACACUCAGACGUCAUAAGAUUAUAAGUUUUGGACAUCAUGUGAAUUCUAGAUGGAGUCUGUACCUAAUGAGGAAAUAAUUAAAACAACGUUUAUAUCUAGUGAACUUGUUACAAGUUUGGCAACUGUAGAUUCCAUAAGAGAUCGAGGUACUUACUUAUUAUAAAAUUAUUUUAUGUCGAUCAAUAGAACCAAGAAUGAUUUUUUACAAAUAUGAUUGAAGACAUGAUGCGCUGUAUAGAUAUAGCAGGAACAAAAGACUGCGAUUAAGACGUCCAUAGCCAAAAGCAUCAUGUAAGCACUAAUUGAAUGCACUAUAUUACUAUGUAUUUAUUUGAAUAAAACGGCACAUGCAAUCGGUGGCUAAGUUGUGGUGGUGCAUUGAUUAUACAACGUAGACAAUCUAUAAGACAACUGCAUACGUUUUGUCACAAGAGUGUCCCAAGCACUGCCAUGGCCAAAUUUAUACUAAGGAAGAAAUGAUCCGUGUUGGCGAACUUGGGCAAAAGAAAAGAGUUCGUCUUGAAGAAAUUCAGGGUGCGAUAAUUCACGUACCAAAGGUACAUGUAGGUCAAUAUUACGGUCACUUUCCCUAAGGUAUUCAAAACCGUAUAAUAAAUAACAUAUUUGGUAGGAAGCUCAACUUACACUGGUUAUAAAUCUAUUAACUCUAAAAACUGUAAAUAUCUGUUCACGUUUUUCUACAGUGUUUCAUCACAUUUACCAGUGAGUGAAGUUUGAAAUUAUCAUCUUGGAUGAUAGCAGUGAUAUUCAACCAUUUUGAAGAGCUUGCAACCAACAUGACGUCAUAAAUUAGAGGACAUAUUCACACUCAUUUACAUAUCAAACAAAUUGAAAUAUCUCUGGAACAAACCA